GAAGCGAAGUCGCGGCGCUGGCGAGACCGGCUCCGGCUCCCGGCCCGUGGCGACCCCGCUCUGUCCGCUUGUCCGCUCUGUCCGCUGUCCGCUCUGUCUGCUGCCCCGGCCCGCAGCCCCGACCCUCCCGCCUGCCCCGGACCCUGUGCCGUCGACCUCUGCUCCGCCGCCCGUCUCGCUGCCCUGGACGCGGCCCCGACCCAGGCCCCUGCCCCGCUCCCGCCCUUUCCGUCAGUCCACGCUCUUGCUAGUGAUAGUAAUAUUGUCGUUGACAAUGGCUGUGUGGUCACAAAAAGGCUUUUGAGCCAUAGCUUUUUAAAAGGCAGACAGGAAUGGGGGUCAGGGGGAGCCGCCGGUCUUAACAGCAGGAGGCGGCCCUGACUCCGCCGGCCCCCGAGUGAGUCGGUGACAAACCCAUGUCACCUUGGGUGAUCAUUGCCUCUUCCGUGACUGUCAGACCUGGGACUGCCCCAUUUAGGAAGUAACUAUGGACAGCGCUGUAGGUGCCGGGCGUGCUGGAGUGGAGAGAACAUGAGAGACAAGGUUCCUGCUCUCAGGAAGCCAGGAAGGAGCCUCCUGGUGGGGAAGAGAAAGAAACUAAUACCCUGAUCUUUAAAAUAAAGGGUCCUCGGAGCGGAGCGCCGCACUUCUGGACAGCGUGGUCGCAGCGCCCCCUGGGGGCCGGCCCGAGAUCUCGCCGCCCGUAGUCGGGCCCGCCGCGCCCCGGCUCCGGCAAGGUUCGAAAGCAGUUGGGAGUUGGACCGGCUCCAGCUUUGGCUCCGGGAGGCCCUCCUGAGCGGCCUGCCCUCCCGGGGCUAUGAAGAAGCCUGUUCAGAAAAGCGCUAAAGAAAAAGGAAACAAGCCGUCUGUACAUAACCUGAGCAAAACUCAGCAGACCAAACUCACCGUGGGCAGCCUGGGAUUGGGCCUGAUCAUCAUUCAGCAUGGGCCCUACCUUCAGAUCACCCACCUCAUUAAGAAGGGGGCUGCAGCCAGGGAUGGAAAACUCCAGCCAGGUGAUGUUCUGAUUACUGUUGGUCAUGCCAAUGUGUUAGGAUAUACUCUUCGAGAAUUUCUAAAGCUUUUGCAAAAUAUCACCAUAGGAACAGUGCUGCAAAUCAAGGUUUAUCGAGAUUUCAUUGACAUACCCAAAGAAUGGCAAGACAUAUACGAUUUAAUCCCUGAGACCAAAUUCCCAAUAACACGCACCACAAAGAAAACUGAACAGGCAAAAGAUGACACUUCCAUGAGCAGUGGUGACGAUGAAGAUGGAGUUUUAGAUAAAAGACUCAAGUACUUUAAGUAUCCACGGACCACUGGACAUUACCCUGCGAGGAGACCACUGUCUAUCUCCCGAGAAUGGCAUGGAUACAAAAAGAAGAACCAAACUAUUAGUGUAGGAAAAGACAUUAACUGCGACGUGAUGAUUCACAGAGAUCACAAGAAAGAAGUGCGCGCCCCUUCUCCCUACUGGACGAUGGUGAAGCAGGACAACGAGAGCUCCUCCUCCUCCGUCUCCACUACCUCCGAUGCAUUUUGGCUGGAAGACUAUGCUCAUGUCGAAGAGGGCAAGAGCCAAACUGUGCCAAACACUGGUUAGGCAGCAGCUUGCCAAUCUGUGAUCACGGGAACACCCAUCUGGAAAUCACCCAGUUUUUGUGCACUGCCAUGUGCAGCUUUGCUAUACUUAAAGGAAUAUGUGCCGACUUAUCAUUUCCCUUUCACGACUGUGUUGUAAAGCCUUAAAAAGACCUUGUUGGACGCGAUCUCCAAAGACCUCCCUGGGGUCCCACGGGCCUCAUAAACCUUAUUCAGGUCAUUACAACCCUUAAGACCCUCCUGUCUCAGAAGAAUGGCUCAUCUUUUAGAAACUGCAGCAGAGGAACCCAAUAUCAGAGCGUGUGAACAUAGUAGAGAAUUUUACUUUUUAAGGUAAGUACCGCAUUUUAAUGUAGAUAUUUAGUUUCCCUCAUUUUGUAAGCUUCAAGUAUCCUAUUUAAAAGAAAUAAGAGAUUUUUUUGGCUAGUUGUUCACAUUAGAACUCCUCCCCCCUUUUAGCCCUACUUUCGAUAGUUAAUUACUUGAAAGAGACAAGAAAGAAACAGAUGAGAGAAAAAAUUCUGACACAGUUAAGGUAAAUCAAACGUACCCAGACCAUUUAAUUGUUCUUACCCAAGAGUACAGUUUUUAACUGCUUUUAUCGUUUUAAAUUAAUACUAAUACUAUAUAGAACACAUGUACUAUUAUAAUAAUACAUCAUCAUCAUAAACUGGAAAUAGUUACUCUGAGAGCCGAUUAGCCUUCAUUUUUUUUUUUUUUUUUUUUGUCUUUUUGCCUUUUCUAGGGCUGCACCCAUGGCAUAUGGAGGUUCCCAGGCUAGGGGUCGAAUUGGAGCUGUAGCCACCAGCCUACGCCAGAGCCACAGCAAUGCAGGAUCUGAGCCGCGUCUGCAACCUACACCACAGCUCACGGCAGUGCCGGAUCCUUAACCCACUGAGCAAGGGCAGAGAUCGAACCCGAAACCUCAUGGUUCCUAGUCGGAUUUGUUAACCACUGUGCCAUGAUGGGAACUCCAUUAUUUUUUAUUUUUUAUUUUUUUUGGCCAUGCCUGCAGUAUGUGGAAGUUCCCAGGCCAGGGACUGAAUCUAUAGUGACAGAGCAGUGACUCCAGCUACUGCAGUGACACUGGAUCCUUAACCCACUGCACCACAAGGGAACUCCAUUUAGCCUUAAUUGUAAUAGUUUCUCACACUUCUGUACUUUAUUAUUAUAUUCUUGUUCUCCUCUAAAGCAACUAAAACAAAAACUUGUUGAAUAACUGGUUAGGAAAAAUGUAAGAAAAUUUUAUUUAUUUAUUUAUUUAUUUGGGCUAUGCCUGCAGCACAUGGAAGUUCCCGGGCCAUGGAUCGAACCCCUGCCACAGUGGUAACCAGAGCCACACCAGUGACAGGAACUCUAAGAAAAACAUUUAAAUAUAAUGUUUUAUUGACUUUAGGUCAGCUGGGAACAGUUACUUGCAUUUAUGCUUUACGAUAUUUAAUCUCAUUGGAAAAAAAGAUAAAUGUUACAUUAGAGGCUUUUCACCUUCACGUAUUUGCUGCUCAGGGUUGAGAAAAUGUUCAGCUCUUUCCUGCAACAUGUUUCAAUAUUACAACUCAUCAACGAAAGGUGUAUGACCCAAAUUUCCGCUUGCUGCCAUUGACUUCCGGCCAGAAACAAACUUCUUUGCAGCCUUUAAGUAAACAAACAAAGACAGAAAGUUAAUAGAAAUAAGCAAGUAGAUAACUUCUGUUCCUUUGACUAUUUCAUCAUAUGAAAUACUCAUAUUUCUGAGUAAAUAUUUUAUAUUCAUUAUGAAAAUAUUUACAUAAAAAUAUGAAAAUACUCAUAUUUCUGAACUGAGCAGUGUGGUGCCCUAGACAUGAGGGAAAAGGAAAACCUUUCUGACACUGCAAAAUGGGGCAGUGCCUCCUUGGGCAGGGCUGUCCUUUCCUGUUUCUAUAGACAAUGGCAAAGUCUGAGUCAAUAAAAAUACAGAUUGUUGACUUAAAAAGCUACACUUUAAUAUCCUACUAUUCUUUAUGACACUACUUUGAGUUCAAAGGCUGGCUGUUUAGAUUAAAUGUAAUACAACGAGGAACAUUCCCCACAAUAUCUCCAGCCAGCUUUUUAUUUUUUUUUAACUUGGAUGCCAGUCAGAUUCAUUUCUGCUGAGCCACGACAGGAACUCCCAAGGCCGGCUUUUUAAAUAAGAAGAUGGUGUCAGAGGCAGCUGGGCUGGCCUCUCACGAUGGUACACUCUACAAGAUGACGACAGCCAUCUGGAAGAGCGUGUGAUGAUGAACUUAGGGGCCAAGUGAAAUCAAGUCAGGGUUCCUAUCUUAAAAUAGCCUUCUUCCUUUUUCUGUCCCCAAGGGUAGACCCCUUGGUGAGAAGACGGCUGAGACGUCUAUCAUAGAAGGGGAGUUGGCGUUUGUUAAUACAGAAGGACUGGCUUUGGGUUCACUCUGUAGUUCAUUACUUGUUAGGCACAGAAGGGACUGCAAAGAAGUAUAAGACAUAGUCCUUGCGCUCAAAGCAACUCACUUUUGUAGGAAACAAUAUAUGUCAAAAAAAAAAAAACCAUAGCACGGGCAGGAGUAAUGAAUGUCUUGGGCUGAGAAAACGAAAGACCAUCUUGAGAUGGUGGACUGUGAAGGACUGGCAGGGAGAGAGUUUGGAGGAGGGAAAAUACCACACUUGACAAUCAGGUUGAAUCUUAUGAAACUGCCAAUAUUUGAUCCUUCUGGACAUUUAAGAAUUUAAAAUGGUUUAACCUAAUGGUAAUUGAGAGGAAUGAGGAAGAAACAUCUACCCCCGAGUUGACAAGGAAGCCGUCUGUAGAUCUGAUGGGAAUGAGCCCUUCUGCCUCUACACCAGGUAGAUCGGCACCAAACACCAUGAAAACAGCCUGUGUAGCCCAAGGAAGCUUAUACGUUCCUUCUGAAAUUGGAUCAUAAGGACAAGUUAUUUGAUGUUAAAUAAAUUUUCAUUUGCUUACGUUUAUAACAUCAGCGUCAGCUACUGAAUCAAUCUGCUGAAGGACCGUGGAUGGCUGCACGUAAGAACCAGCAACUAGAGCCUGAGACCCAACUUCAUCCAGGAAACCCUCAGAAGACUCCACUGACAUUAGGUACCCGGCUUUCAGCUUGUUCCUGUCCAAUAAAAGGCGUGUAACUAAGGCAGAACCCAGUUUUACAGAGCAAGGCAAUUUAAAAGUACUCUCCCAAACCCUUAAACAUGUUUGGGUAAAUACAAAAAUUAACAGCUUUACAGUGCCAAAAGUCUCCAUUCUAUUUCUUCAGUUCAUGAACUAUUUUAAUAUUGAUAUCAUUUUAAAAGCUGUCAUUAUAAGAUUAUACUGAAAACCCAACAGAUGGCCUUUUGAUUUUAGACUAGAACUUAAGAUCGAGUUAAAACUAUUGCAGUGUGAAGUUUUUGGGUUUUUUUUAGGGCUGUACCCAUGGCAUAUGGAGGUUCCCAGGCCAGGGGUCAAAUUGGAGCUGCAGCCACCAGCCUACACCAGACCAACAGCAUUGCAGGAUCCGAGCCGCAUUUGCAACGUACACCACAGCUCACGGCAACACUGGAUCCUUAACCCACUGAGCAAGGCCAGGGAUCGAACCUGCAUCCUCAUGGAUACUAGUCAGGUUUGUUAACCGCUGAGCCAUGAAGGGAACUCCUGUAAUGUGAUUUUUUUAAAAAUUUAAUUUAUUUUAUUUUUUAUGGCUGCACCAGCAACAUGUGGAGGAUGCCACAGCCACAGCAUCAUGAGAUCCAGGCUGCAUCUGUGACCUAUACCACAGCUCACGGCAACACCAGAUCCUUAACCCACUGAGCGGAGCCAGGGAUUGAACCCACAACUUUAUGGAUACUAGUUGGGUUUGUUAACUGCUGAGCCAUGAAGGGAAACUCCUGUAAUGUGAAGUUUUGAUGACUGAAGUAACUUACUGCUUCCUGAUACUUUUUCGGUCAUAAUUUUAGGCAUCUCUGUUAAAAAUACCUAUGUGGGCUCUUCUCACUGCCCACUUAGCAGAAUGUUGUGUGCCGAUAAUCUAACUUCCCUACUCCCAGCCCAUUUCUGUGCUGGGAUUUGUCUCACUGAGGGGAGGGAGGUGGGGAAGGACAGAUAGGUCCUAUUAAGUCCCUGUAGCUUAAAUAUUGGCACCAAAGCACCGAUUUGAAAUAAAACACAAUUCAAUUCACAAUUAUCCCAGAAAGAAACCGGUGUGCAGUAAGGCAUCUGAGUUAUUUAACUCUCAAAGAAACCCAUCUUCUUGGUACUCUGUAGCAAGACUUCCAUUUAAGCAUAAUUAUAAUCUGAUGUAGCAAUUUUACCAUACCGCCAGCUUAACUGAAAAAAGACUUUACCUGCAAUAAACUUUACGAAAAGAUUAUAUUAGUUUGUCCCUUCAGCAAUGACUGCUCACUUUCUCUUUCACUAUAGGAAGACUAAUAAGAACCUUACAAAAAAGCAUCAACUCCAUCAAAAUGGCAGGAAAUAAACAUAUCUUGACAUUAAUAACCAAAAUUCCACUUUCUGAACAUUGAGGUACUUGCCAACAACUGUGCUACAGUUAUUAAGAAAAUACAUUUGCCCUAAGCAUAGCCGGUGUCUCAAUUAUGUUUGUUUGGGAUGCAAUAAUGUAGAGCCGCAUCCUUAUCAAUCCUUGGUUUCACGUAUAUGGUAUUUAAUAAACUGUGUUGUACUCA